AUGAUCACCCAGCUGCGGUCGCACGGAGAGGCCGCCCCCAGCGUCAGUACAAGUGCGGAUACUGCCCAAAAGCGUUCAAGCGCAGUGAGCAUUGCAUUCGACACCAGCGCACCCAUACCCGAGAGAAGCCAUAUAUCUGCCGGUACUGCCACAAGUCUUAUGGAAGGAAUGCCACUGGUGCCCAGAGAUUUGGUAACAAGACACGAGCGCACUCUACAUGCGAAGUCGCACAACAACGAGAAGAUCGCCGACGAGGUGACAGUGGCAUGUUCACUAUCGACGCAAGCAACGAACCACGAGACACCUGUUAGCGACGAUAUUUCGGACGGCGAAGAGAUAGAUCUGGAAAGACAGUCUUACCCAGAGUCCCUCGAGUACCAGUCUCCACGUAACGACGUAGCUUCUUCAGCCUCCUCUCCCAUUACCGGUCGAUUCGAAGCAAAUUUUCAAACAGCCUCUCCAUUUGGCGUGGAAGACCGCGACGUCAUUUUGGAAGGCAUCGUCCAAGCAGAGUCAGAACCAAGGUUGCCAGGUCAGAGGUGUGACGAAACCUCUGAAGAAUGCUCGAAUGGUUCAAGAAGGGCGCAGACCCAGUCUUCCAGCCCACAUACCGCUGAUCCGCGACCACACCAGCUAGAAGUGUUAGAACUGGACAUGAUUGACCCGGCGUUGUUUUCAGAUAUUGGCCAAGAGAUGGACAUGGACUUUGGGCUCCCAGGACCGUCGGCAAACGUACCCAGUCACGAACCAACGGAAGUACUUCGCCAACAUGUCCCAGGAGGAACGGAUCAGCGCACGGAUCGCUCUGUCGCGAUGCAUAACGAUCCAGGAUCGUUUGUCUUCUCACCAAACACAAUGGCAGAGCUAAAUCUUACUGCAAUCGAAUUCGCUUCUUUAACUCGCCAGGCUGGCGAUAUCAGCGAGGAUCGCCUUCAAGUAGAGACUGGUGGCCUUGCUACAUCUGGCUUUAUUGGAGACUAUUCGCCAAACUCCCGGAAAGGCGCCCAGGCUGUUGUUGGGCCUUCAAGCGUGCCCUUGCAGAUUAAAAACCCAUUACCUGCUGAUGGACGAGCUGUUGUAAAGGACUAUGCUCUUUGGACUGUUCAGACGCGAGUGUUGCUUAGUUUCUUCGCCAUAAUGAGUGGUGAUAGAGAACUUGUCAACGAUACCAUGAGAGACAACGGAUUUUACACUUUGGUGUACAGCAAAGCCCGAGCAGCUGUAGCGGGAGGCGCCCCUGAAUCAGACACUAUGGAUUGGCAAUUAUGGAUCGAGCUUGAAUCAUGGAAACGAUUGAUAGGCGGCAUAUUCAUCGAAAGCACGUUGACAAUGGUCAUAUACGAAGUUAACCCGGGGUUUCACGCAACUCAAGACCUGGACAUCCCAGUGUAUAGCGAUGAAAUCCUGUGGAAUGCGGGGUCCCCUGAUGACUGGAGAGAAACAUACAUCAGCAUCGGAACGAAGAAAGAAAGCAGGCGCCACACCAUCAAAGAUGUCCUAGUGGACAUUUUACUCGAAGGGAAGUAUCACGCAAACAUCAUGCCUUACCACGUAUCGCCACUCACCGCUCUCGUUGCUGUACAUGCGCUGGUGGUACACAUGUGGCAGCGUUUCCAAGACCAAGAAUGCUCCCUCGUGUUUAAUUGCCAGGCUAUAUUGCGAAUUGCUUACACCCGCAUUGCUGGCCCUUCGAUCAGAAUUAGCCUCAUGAACACAGAUGAUGCAGAUGUGGACGCGGCAAUAUCUUCAUUUGUGACUGCGAAAAUGGAACGCAGCCCACAAUUACUCGAUAUCAUUUCAAAAUCUUUCGAAGGCUUCAAGAUCCCAGUCAAAAUUGGUCACUUGCUUGUACGAAAGACAGCAGCAUUUCGUUGGAGCGUGGAGCACGCAGUAGCAGGAUGGUCAAGCGCAAUUCUUGUGUCUAAAUGGGUCUAUUCCAUAGAGAUUGGUGUCUUUGCUGGCAUACAGCCGACUGCGGCCGAAAGCAAGCUGCUUACCAUCAUCAGAGAGGCUCUCGAAGAAGCAGAAUGCGAACUGAGUGAAGCUUCGUGCUUAUCGGCGGCCGUGGCCAAGACCUGGGGUUGGUUCAUGCACGAUGUCUGGAUCUGGGGGAUUACGCCUCGAAUGGGAGAAGCACUCAAUCGUCUGGCAAUUGCCUGUGCUUAG